UAAAUUCCACUUUCGACUUUCCAUAAGAGAAAUUACCAAUUGCUUUCUUUGGAAAAUAUAAUACGAAUUCUCAAAGGUAAAGAGAAUAAUCACAAAAUCGGCGCGACUGAACCGAAACAAAUACGCAGAGAGACGAUGAGAGAGAGCGCCGGAGUUGUAUCGGAGGCAGGGCAGCGCCAAUUACCCAGUACCGACGUUAACUGCAGCGGUAACAAUAACCACAGUCGAAUCUCUCAUGCCCCACCGCCGACUGAUCGCCCCGUUCGCGUGUAUGCCGACGGGAUCUACGAUCUCUUCCAUUUUGGUCAUGCUCGCUCCCUUGAGCAAGCUAAAAAAACCUUUUCCAACACGUACUUGCUGGUGGGAUGUUGCAGCGAUGCUGUCACGCACAAAUUCAAGGGUAAAACUGUUAUGACCGAGGAGGAGCGCUAUGAAUCCCUCCGCCAUUGCAAGUGGGUGGAUGAAGUUAUUCCCGAUGCCCCAUGGGUGAUAAAUCAAGAAUUCCUAGACAAGCAUCGAAUUGACUUUGUGGCACAUGAUGCUCUUCCUUAUGCUGAUGCUAGUGGAGCAGGAAAGGAUGUCUAUGAAUUUGUCAAAGCUGUUGGUAGAUUUAAAGAAACAAAACGUACUGAAGGAAUUUCUACUUCUGACAUUAUUAUGAGGAUAGUUAAAGACUAUAACCAGUAUGUCAUCCGCAAUUUGGAUCGUGGAUAUUCAAGAAAAGAACUCGGGGUCAGCUAUGUUAAGGAAAAACGCCUUAGAGUGAACAUGAGAUUGAAAAAGUUACAGGAGAAGGUUAAGGAACACCAAGAGAAAGUUGGAGAAAAGAUUCAAAUUGUUGCAAAAACAGCUGGUAUGCAUCGCAAUGAAUGGAUUGAAAAUGCUGACCGGUUGGUUGCUGGUUUUCUUGAAAUGUUUGAAGAGGGUUGUCAUAAAAUGGUAUAUGCAGAAUUCAUGCAAAAUGUGUCCCCAAAUUCUGUGUUUAAUUUCACAUGGGUAAUUGGUAUCGUAAAACCUGUUUCUAUUACUCCUAUUUUUGUAUUCAUCAGGGAACAGCCAUAAGGGAUAGAAUUCAAGAACGAUUAAGAGGUCAGCACCAGAGGGAUCUGCUAGAAAAUGGGAAUGGAGAAGAAGAAGAUGAUUACUAUUAUGAUGAUGAGGAAGAGGAUGAAGAAUAUUUUGACGAAGAUUAUAAUGAGGACUACAAGCAAUAACAGUUCACACCAGAAUUUUUAUGUUGUGGUCUAAUGUGCCAUGUUGUAUUAUUGAUGUGUAAUCCAGUCAUUGCAGAAGGGUAUUCUAAUCAUGAAUGCAGAUUUUGGAGAGUUUAUGUAUCUUUUUUUAUUUACAGGCGCUGUAUAAUCAUAGUGGAAAAGAGUUUCUAAAACUCUCUCCAUGUAUGUCAAUGUUUUUUCCCUCAUAAGUGCACUGCUGAAAUGUGUGCGUAUUAUCUUACAGUUACAGUCUUACCGAGGCAAAGCCAGC